GCGGUUUACGUCACGAGUUUCUGGGUGGAGGAGGUGGAGCUUUCAGCGGGGACGGUAGCGGCGGUCGCUUCACGUUGAAGGGUCGCCCCCCCCCUCCCCCGCCCUCGAUCCGCGUGAGGGUGGCGGGCGCCCUCCCUUUGGCAACUCGCUCCCCAUCUUCGCCCCCCCCCCCCUCCGGCCUCUGUCCCGCCCGCCUUCUCCCGGGUGUCUCCUGCUCCGGCCUCGUCCGUCGUCACCCCCGCCGAUAGGCCCCCCAGUCCCGGGGGGCUAGGGGCAGGCGGGCUGCAGGGUCCUGCCCGCCACCCUCCCGCCUGUGUCCGGAAACCUGGCUGCGCCCCCCGAGCCUGCUCCCCACCCGCGUCCCCCGGGCCUGCACCGGGCAGGGAGCUGUGGGGGGGCUCCCGGGGCUCGGGCACCAACGGCUUCCUCACCCCCACUCGGGGCUCGGCUGGGACCCAGAAAAUAAAUGAAUGCUAAUGGGACAGACAUUUCCCUGAGGUUCAGGUUUUCUGGCUGGCUGCCAUGAUGGCGUUCAGCAUAAACCACAACUUAAAAGGACCGUGUCAGUGAAAUAUUGAGUUGCUGUAAAUCCUGGUACAAGUUAUUUUAAAGAAGAGAGAAGUUAGCUAGAUGAACAUGGAAUCACUGUUAUCCCCAGCUCUUCCUUUCCUUGUAUUUAUCCUUGGACACAUCUGGAGUAAACCACAGGCCAGUGUACAUAGGAGCAACCACUGUGAUGUGGAGCUGGAGUAAUGAAGGAUGAUCAGUCUUUCAAUGCUAUCGAGCAGCAAGCUUUGAAUUCAAUCAUGCAGGAUUUGGCUGUCCUUCAUAAGGCUAGUCGUCCUGCAUUGCCAGUACAAGAAACAGGAAAACCAAAAUCAUCUUCACCCAAAAAACAGAAUGAUGUUAGAGUCAAAUUUGAACACCGAGGUGAAAAAAGGAUUCUACAAUUUCCCAGGCCUGUCAAACUAGAAGAUCUUGCAUCUAAAGCUAAAGUUGCUUUUGGACAGCCUAUGGACUUGCAUUACAGCAAUAAUGAGCUGGUGAUUCCAUUAACCACACAGGAUGAUUUGGACAAAGCUGUUGAACUGCUAGAUCGUAGUGUUCACAUGAAGAGCCUCAAGAUAUUGCUUGUAAUACAUGGAAAUUCACAGGCUCCUGUCCUCAGUAACAUGGAACCCUUGCCAUCACUGGAAGAUUUGGAUAAUACAGUAUUUGGAGUGGCAGAGAGGAAAAACAGGCCGUCUGUAAUAGGCUCUAAUACACGUGAUCGGAGUUCACCUCCCCCGGGAUACAUUCCAGAUGAGCUGCACCAGGUGGUACGAAAUGGAUCAUUCACUAGUAUCAAUAGUGAAGGCGAGUUCAUUCCAGAAAGCAUGGAUCAAAUGCUGGAUCCAUUGUCCUUGAGCAGUCCUGAAAACUCUGGCUCAGGAAGCUGCCCCUCACUUGACAGUCCUUUAGAUGGAGAUAGCUACCCCAAAUCUCGGAUGCCACGAGCCCAGAGCUAUCCAGAUAACCACCAGGAGUUUUCAGACUAUGAUAUCCCAAUAUUUGAGAAAUUUGGAAAAGGCGGGACUUAUCCCCGAAGGUAUCAUAUUUCAUAUCACCACCAAGAUUACAAUGAUGGUCGUAAAACUUUUCCAAGGGCUAGAAGGACCCAGGGGAACAGCUUCCGGUCUCCAGUCAGUUUCAGCCCCACCGAUCACUCCCUGAGUACAAGCAGUGGGAGCAGCACCUUUACUCCAGAGUAUGAGGAGAACCGAAUGAGAAGAAGGGGAAGUGACAUAGACAAUCCUACCUUGUCAGUAAUGGACAUCAGCCCACCUAGCCGCUCACCACGAGCUCCAACUAACUGGAGACUUGGCAAGCUGCUGGGUCAGGGUGCUUUUGGCAGAGUAUAUCUAUGUUAUGAUGCUGACACCGGAAGAGAAUUGGCUGUUAAACAAGUUCAAUUUGACCCUGACAGUCCAGAGACAAGCAAGGAGGUAAAUGCACUUGAAUGUGAGAUUCAGCUGUUGAAAAACCUGCUGCAUGAAAGAAUUGUUCAGUAUUAUGGCUGCUUGAGGGAUCCACCCGAAAGAACACUCUCUAUAUUCAUGGAAUACAUGCCAGGGGGUUCCAUUAAGGACCAGUUAAAAGCAUAUGGAGCACUCACAGAGAAUGUGACCCGAAAAUACACACGGCAGAUUUUGGAGGGAGUUUACUAUUUGCACAGUAAUAUGAUUGUACAUAGAGAUAUUAAAGGAGCAAAUAUUCUGCGGGAUUCAGCAGGCAAUGUGAAGCUAGGUGAUUUCGGUGCCAGCAAGCGACUUCAGACUAUCUGUCUCUCUGGCACGGGAAUGAAGUCUGUCAUGGGGACUCCAUACUGGAUGAGUCCUGAAGUUAUCAGUGGAGAAGGGUAUGGAAGAAAAGCAGAUAUCUGGAGCAUAGGUUGUACAGUGGUAGAAAUGCUCACUGAGAAACCCCCUUGGGCAGAGUAUGAAGCAAUGGCUGCCAUCUUUAAAAUUGCCACCCAGCCAACCAAUCCACAGCUGCCACCUCAUGUCUCGGACCAUGGUCGGGAUUUCCUCAAGCGGAUUUUUAUCGAGGCCAAGUUGCGACCAUCUGCAGAUGAACUGCUAAGACACACAUUUGCACAUUAUCACUAACAGCCUGCCUCAACUCAGCUUGCAUCUACUGCAUUUAUUUUCUAUUUGACUGCACUUUUAUUUUUAUUUUUGUACAAAAGAGAAAAAAGACAAGAGAGAAAACAUAUUUCUCUUGAUUCUUUGUUUCACUUAGAUUAUAAGCAAGAAUCUAAAUUUUUGUAUUUAGAAUGAGGGUCCCCCCCGACCUAGAACCUUUUGUUUCUGUAAUGUACUGAUGUGGUUCACACAGAAAAAGCACUUUAGUACAUAUUCAUUCCUUAACUAAGGGGAAAACAGACAUGUGACAUGGACUGUCAAGAACUGUAACAUUUUCUAACACCGCUGACUGUCUCAGGAUGCAGGGAAGAAUACAUAAGCAGCUAGCAUGCAGGGAGAAUAAAAUCAUUAUCUGUGAUUUGUUCUUUGUACUGUAGGUAGUUGCUGCUGAGGGUUUUAAGUUGUAUUUUAGCUUGUUAAUCAGUUUCUGAAUAUCACACUGUGGCAUGAACCCACAGUUCUGGAAAUGAAUUAAAAAGUACAAAGAACUUAGAACCCUCAGUAGAGAGUGCUCUGCGUAAUAGAGCACCUGCCUGACACUUCCUUUGUGAUCAAAAGAAAAUAAGGCAGGAGCAUAACCCUAAAUCAGUAAUUGGUGGGAGCUGGUAUAAAGUUAUUCUAUUACCUUCAUAGAUCAAGAAUUACAGGUAAAUCUAUUAUAGAUCCAAACUGCUAGAGGCUGUAAAGCUCAGGGGGUAGUCUCCAUAAUGAA